AUGGAUGAAUUUAAAAAUCAUUUUCGUCUUGAAAGAGGGACAUUUGAAUCCCUAGUGACAGUCAUUGUUCAAACAGGAUACCUUCCAGUUGCAAGUAGCUCCAGGCGACCUAUAAUUCAUCCUGCAAAGCAAGUUUUAGUCGCAAUAUGGAUGCUAGCGAAUCCGGAGUGUCAUCGAAGUGUGGCGGAUAGAUUCAACAUUACUAUGAGCAGUGUUCACAGAUGUUUGCACAGAAUUUGUGAAGCUCUGGUUAGUGUGAGAAAAGAAUUCAUUCGCUGGCCGCAAGAUGCAAAAGCCAACGAAAUCGAACAACAGUUUGAAGGAAUAAAAGGUUUUCCUCGUGUUCUCGGCGCUAUUGAUGGAACACAUAUACGAAUAAGAACACCAAGAGAAGACUAUGAAGAAUUUCUUGCUGAUGUAAACAGAUUGGACAUUGCUGGCGGCAAUAUUAACAAUGACAUUGCUGGUGACAAUAUUAACCAAGACAACCAACUGGCAGCUGUUAAACGAGAUGUUCUCAGAGAUUAUUUGUCAUUGUAA